UCGAUAUCGUUUUGCAUGCCACCUGGCGGAUGCUGUAUGAGUAAAGCCACGUCACUUCUGAAAAUUUAGACUUCCCAUUAAUUUUCUGAAAAUAUAUUAAAAAUGAACGUCUUUAGACUAUUAGGAGAUCUUUCUCAUUUAAUUGCAGUAAUAAUUCUUUUACAAAAGAUUUGGCAUACCAGAUCCUGUGCUGGUAUUUCUGGAAAGUCGCAGGUGCUUUUUGCAUUAGUUUAUACUGCAAGAUAUUUAGAUUUAGUCUCUACUUAUGUUUCACUUUAUAAUACAUUUAUGAAAGUGAUAUUUCUCAUCAGUUCCUAUGCUACUAUUUACUUUAUUUACAUGAAAUUUAGAGCUACAUACGAUCGCAACCAUGACACAUUCCGUAUUGAAUUUUUAAUUCUGCCUUCUGUACUUUUGGCUUUACUUAUUAACCAUCAGUUUAGCUUUUUAGAGGUAUUGUGGACUUUUAGUAUUUAUCUAGAAUCUGUAGCAAUUUUACCACAACUGUUUAUGGUCAGCAAAACGGGCGAGGCAGAAAGCAUUACUUCGCAUUAUUUGUUUGCACUGGGUUCAUAUAGAGGGCUAUACAUUUUUAACUGGAUUUAUCGCUAUUGGAGUGAACAGCAUUAUGAUAUAAUAGCAAUAGUUGCUGGUGUGGUGCAGACAGUACUUUACUGUGAUUUCUUCUAUUUAUAUGUUACCAAAGUAUUAAAAGGAAAGAAGCUUCAAUUGCCAGCCUAAAAUAAGUUUUCUUUACAGAAAUGCUAAUCAUUUGAAGAACUUUUGCAAAAUAUAAUUGUAUAAGUACAACUAAUUAGAGGUGUUAUAAUUUUUGUUUAAAAUCAAUUUUAUAUUUCUAUCAAUUUCAGUAAAUUAAAUUAACUGAUGUUUUAUAUAUUAUAAAAAGUGUUAUUUUUUUAUUAAUUAAUUUUUAAACAAAAACGUCGAAAUAUUGUAAAAGAUAUUCUUCUGUGAUUUUUGCAGUGUGCUUAAAUUUUUAUAUAUUUUUACUUAUGUUCAUUAUUCACUUCAUUUUUGUAAAUAAAAUAUAUUUUUAUUUGGCGUGUGCAUCUACUAAAAGAUACAAUUAAGAUCUACAGCGUAAAGAAAUCCAAAUUAUUGCAAAUACAAUCCUUAGGACAGGAUUAGUUCUUAAUAAUGUCCUUUAGUUAGAAGUUGUCAUACAAAUGAGUGUAUAAUAAUUAAAAUCAAAUAGUUUUGUAAGUUAUGCUUAGAUUAAAUAAUAGUUCCAAUGUCUACAAAUAUAUGUUGAAUUUAUAAAUAUUUAAUAUUCGUAGGCAUGUCUAACUUGCUGAACUGAAAAGUAGUGCAGUUAUCUUGACGAAAUUUAUUAUUCGGACGCUCAGAAUACUAUUUUCUGUUGAAGUUGAUCAUUUAAGAUAAUGCUUAACAGUUUUAGAUUAUGGAAAUGUGUAUAUCUAGCGUUCGAAUUUAGGUAAAAUCGGAAUAUAUUUUGUAUCUAUUGAAGUUAGAAACCCAUGUAAUUUGAAUUUUGGUCUUAAUGUAUUAUUACUAGAAAUUAAGAAAAUAACAUAACAAAUUGAUUUUUAACUGGUUUCUGUAAAGAAUCUUUCCAAUAAAACUUGUGUUAAAAGU